GAUUUCAAAUGCCAUUGUUACCUGGCGACCUCUAUACGUGCUCGAUUCGCAUAGCUGUAGCAAAAUGGCGAGUGGAUUCGUGCCGACGUUUCUCUCCGGUAUUUGGCUGUUUCUGACCACGGCCUGCGUUACGAUAGCGUUCGGGUUUGAUCAGUGGGUUCUGCUAAACCAGAGCAAUGCUGGGCUGUGGCGGGUCUGCGUGCGAGACGUAUGUAAGUGGUACUGGGAGCAGAGCCGCCUGACUAUCGACACGGAUUUACCGCACUGGUUCAUCGCGUGUCAGGUGAUGUUCGCGCUGGCUGUCGGCUCCAUACUGCUCUGCCUCUGCUUCCUGCCUUUCUACAUGUGCAUCUGCAGCCGCGGCGGCUCGUGCUUCACCUGCCUCGGUCGCACCGUCUACUCGAUGCUCUCCUCCGCAGCGCUUAUCAUGGGAAUCGCUCUGCUCGUGUUCGGCCUAGAGGUUCACUACAGCGAGGGCCAGGAGCGGAUCUGGGGUCAGAAGGUGAAAGCGCUCACGUGGGCCUUCUUCCUAAUGGUCGCGGGUUGGUGCAUGACUGUCAUCUCUGCCGUGCUCUUCUUCGUUCUACACAAGAGAUCACAAUCUCAUGCCAUAUAGGCGAGCCGCUGCCCUCUCACAAGACAACGGAGUAAUAAGAUAUACACAUAUAUACAUAUCCCUUUACAUAUACAUAUACACAUGAAUAUGCAUAUACUCAUAUAAAUCCACAUCUGCGCAGAGCAAGAGAGAAUUGUGCAUUUGUAUAUAGCAGGCAGGUGGCGCUAGACGCAUAUACGUUGUAUUGCCGUCCAUCAUGGAGUAGAAACUCAUAACGUAGUGACGUUCGUUACACGAUCGGAUAGUCUUAUCCAUGUCUCUGCAAAUAUCAGGUAACGCCAGCAUUGUAGCAUACGCACACGCAGUGAUAUAAUAAAUCAUAGAAUCAACCUAUUUUUCCGUGAAAUUAUCAAAUAAUUAUAUCGUGCCCGUAAAUAUUUCCGUGAAUGUCUCAAGAUGCAUGAGAUUAGUAGAAGUGUUUAUAACAGUGUGUGUACAUACAAAUGCAUGUGUUUAUGAUAAGGAGCAUGUUUAGGCAAUCUGGCCUCGGCUAUGUUAAUAGAUUUGUCAUAAUCAAUGAAGUUUCGCGCUAAUAUCUCGGUUGGCAAAAUCGUGAUGGUUGCGUACGCACACUAAACGUUGCGUGUGAGUCCAGCUCUCAUAUUUGAAUCUCUUUAUAGCGCUAGGUCCGUUCAGUGUUACCGAUUAAAAUAAUUGCAAACGACUAGUGAGUGAAGUAAAUAAUGUAGCAUUUCGCCGUAAUGGGUACUUUUGUAAUGCGCUGAAACGGAGUUGCACGCCUCCCGAGAUGAAAUCCCAAAGGCCCACGGCCAGUCAGUCGCGCCAUCUACUGGAAUAAUAUAUCAUAACUGCCGGCUUUACUGAUGGAAAAAAAUCUCCGCGAGAACGCGCCCGUUUGUGUAUAUAUUCUAUAGAAUUGUCCAGCUCUACUACUCCUAAUGUGUUAAGCAUUGCCCCCUCGGCAAUACGGAUUAUGUUGUCGGCUUUUACUAGUUAGUUAUUAAUCGUGCGAGUGACGAUGCACUUGUAUAUUUUCCAAUCAUCAUUGAGAGCUUUGCGUGGAGCGUUUUAGUAGAUGGCGAUCGUAUGAUCGUAAGCUUUCCGAUUUGCGAAUCUCAUUCGAACAUCGAUGAACAUCGACGUAAAAGGUCCGAUGGCGUACGCGCUGUACUCGCCUCGUUCCGAACGGGUUCGCAUAAUGUUGUUUGCAUAAUAACCUAAUUAUUUUUUUAUAUUUGAUCGUUUUAUGGUGCAUAUAACCUCGUGUUUUAAAUCGAGUGUUUUUCUACGAGUCUUUUAAUAAGGGCGUUGAUCGACGAUGGAUGGUGGCCGUGUGUGUACUGCCUGUUUUAUAGCAAGAACGAACAGAAUAUGUUGACGCAAUACUAUUGUGUAUUUUAAAAGCGCCUGUUGAGGAUUUCACUACUAAAUUUUCUGAUAAAUUUCCCGUCAUACCAUCUAUCGAAAUAUACGACGCACAUGUUGUACUACUGUC